AGCGCCGCGCGCAGCCAAUGCGGAUACCCGGGGACCCGAGGCUCCGCCCUGUUGGAGACUCGGAGACCCUCAGUCUUGAGGUGACUGGUCAGAGAUCAGGGGAUGGACGCGGCGCAGAAGAGCGCGCGGGUACCUGUCGAGAGCCCGCCCGGCAGGAAGAUCUAUAUGGACUACAAUGCCACCACACCUCUGGAGCCUGCAGUCAUCCAGGCUGUGACAGAGGCCAUGAAGGAAGCCUGGGGCAACCCCAGCAGCUCAUAUGUGGCAGGAAGGCCAAGGACAUUAUAAACACAGCUCGGGUGAGCCUGGCCAAAAUGAUAGGCGGAAAGCCUCAGGACAUCAUCUUCACUUCCGGGGGCACUGAGUCAAAUAAUUUAGUGAUCCAGUCUAUGGUGAGAUGUUUCCAUAAAGAGCAGAGCCUGAAGGGACUCGCAGUUGACCAGAGCAGCCCUGAGGAGGGGACCCGCCCUCAUUUUAUUACCUGCACGGUGGAGCAUGACUCCAUCCGCCUGCCCCUGGAGCACCUGAUGGAAGAGCAAGUGGCAGAGGUCACUUUUGUCCCAGUGUCGAAGGUAACCGGGCAGGCAGAGGUUGAGGACGUCCUGGCGGCUGUCCGCCCCACCACGUGCCUUGUGACCAUCAUGCUGGCCAAUAAUGAGACUGGCGUCAUCAUGCCUGUCUCCGAGAUCAGCCGGCGUGUUAAGGCCCUGAACCAGGGCCGCGCUGCCUCGGGGCUGCCCCGCGUCCUUGUGCACACGGACGCUGCUCAGGCCCUGGGGAAGAGGCGCGUGGACGUAGAGGACCUUGGCGUGGACUUCCUGACCAUCGUGGGGCACAAGCAUAGUCCUCAGCUGGUCCCUAAAGGAGCACAACACUGGCCUGAUACCAGGACACUUCACCCUUUGCUUCAUAUCACUGGGAAACAGAGGAACAUUUCUACGGUCCCAGGAUUGGUGCUCUGUAUGUACGAGGGGUCGGUAAACUUACCCCCCUGUACCCCAUGCUGUUUGGAGGUGGACAAGAGCGGAAUUUCAGGCCAGGAAGCACAGCCCACAUCGCCCCAAAUCAGAAUCGGUCCUGAUGAUUGGUUUCUACAGUGGGACUCAGAGCUGCAGUCUCGGGGCGACUCAGAACACGUGACAGGAAUUCCCCUUUCUCAUAAAUGCUUCAGAGCGUUGGGUUCCCUGUGCAUUGCAGCGCACCACUGUUUUCUUCAGUGGGGGCUCAGCAGGCACAGAAAGCACCCCAUUUUCCUUUUGUGAGAGCCCCAGGUCUCUCAUGGUGCUAUGACUCCAGAUCAGUGCCUGCACUACCUUUGUUAGAACUUCUAAGGAGGAGACAGAGACAGUGCAAAAACAAUAGUGGCUCCUUGGCGUGAGUUCCACCCCCAGGACCAGCCAUCUAAAAAGAGUGGUAAGGGAGGGCGAGAACCGCCUCCAUCGGGAGCCCACAGGCAGACCAGCCAAUCAAGAAGAGGCAUUAGGCAGUACCUGCUCUAGCCCAUCCUCACAGGACAGUGUGCUGCUCCACACGAGCAAUCACCAGGUAGAUACCCAGGCUUCCACCCAGAGGCCCCACCAUGGUGUCCACAGAGACCGGAAAGGGACCCUGGAGUCCGUGCAUCGGCGACAGGACACAUCCUCUCUGGGUAUGGAGUGAGAGCCGCGGUCUGUACUUCUCACCAGCAGCGCAGCGCUGGGAUGCGUACUCCUUCCCUGCAGAGCAGAGUCAGCGAGCCAGGAAGAGCAGGAAAGUUAACUGAGAUGCAGAUUCUCAUAACGCACGAAAAUGGUCAGGUUUCAUGCCAAGGACUUGAAAAAUCAUAAAGUAAAUGAAGAGAUCGCCAAUGGAUGCCAAGCCCAAGACGGCAGUAUGAGUGAGACGGCAGCCGCUGUGAAAUGUUACAGUAGGGGCUGGGCACACUCGAAUCAAGUGAGCCAGGUGGACGACACCAGGCAGAGACCCAAGUGGACAUUUCAGAGCUCCAAACUGCAGUAACCCGAGUGUCUGUGUGGGUGGACCCGCCAGCAGGACACUGAGACAAAGGAAAGAAACACAAACUGAAAGAGAGAAUAACAGAAUUGAGACAUCAGGAAAUAGAAAACUGGACAGAGCUUCAAGGACCUCUGAGGCCUGGACACGUGUGACAUGUGUGUCAUUGAGCUCCCUACCGGAGAGAAGACAGAGGACAGGGCUGAAAAGGUUACUUGAGAAAAUGCAGGUGGCAAUAGUGGGUCAUGCCUUUAAUCCCAGCACUCAGGACGCUGAGCCAGGUGGAACUCUGUGAGGCAAAGGCUAGCCUGGUCUACAUAGUGAGUUCCAGGACAGACAGAGUGAGACACUGUUUUGAAAAAUAUCAAAACCAAAAUAAUAAUACUAUUAUUAUUAUUAUAGAUAAUCAGCAUCUCAAAUUUAGUAAGAAACACAAGCACAGAUUCAGAAGGCUAGGGGCACAAAACAAACCCUAAGAAAUGUAUGCCAAGACAUUUCAAUGCAUAACAGUGGAAGAUAAAGUCUUGAAAGCAAGCGGAAGGUUGACAUCUGAUGGACAAGAGGAAAACACUUUGGAUGAUAUGGAUUUCCAUGGCUGUGCAGAGCGCUGAGGGAAAACAGCCAAGUUAGAUCCCCCCGCCUGGCGGACAGCUUCUUCAGGUCUCAGGAGGAAAUCAAGGGGUUGCCAGACAGAGACACUAAGAGAAGUUGAGACAUACAGUAGGCAGCCCGUCUCCUCUCGGGCUUUUCUUGAAGCCUUAAAAGAAUAUUUGAUGGCUUAUGAAGAUUAGAACAGGGUCUGCUGCAGGUACCGGUGUAUAUAAAGAGAACAUUCAAGAUGACUGUAUAAGGCAAAGCUAUAAAAAAAAAAAGACAUCUAUAUGUUUGGCAUUUUUAGACAGGUCUCAUGUAGCUCAAGCUAGCCUUGACCUCUGACCCUCCUGCCCCUACCUCUUAAGCUCUGGUUGAUUCUGCAGGGCGUGUUCCACCAUGCCUGGCUUUGUAUCUCACUUGAGCUGCUAAAACAAUAAAGCCAAUAGGCUGGAAAGUUUUGUUAACAGGUA